CCUACUACUUUAUAAUAGAAUGGGGCUGAGUACUUUUCGGCAUUAUCACUGGAUGCAAUUAUGACGCACAGCCUGAUGCACUUGAUUUUACUGCUGGCCAUACUUUGGGUUUAUGGACGUGAGCGUUUCCAGCGCGACAUCGAGUUUAUGCUGGGAGAACCCUUUGCCUCGUGGAAGAUAUUCAUACUGCGCUUUAUAGCUCCGCUAUUUCUACUCUUUGCCUUGGUCAUGGGCAUAUUUAUCUCCUCCUUUGAGCAUGCAUUUAGCUCUGACAUUAUGGUAACCAUGAGCUUGAUUGUAGUGUUGCUAUCAGUGCUCUUCAUUCCCGGCUAUGGCGUCCUGAUAAUGUUCCAGAACACGGGCAGCUUUUGCAAUCGUUUCAGGCGCGCCUGUCGCCCCAACGAUUGGUAUCCCAUUGAAAUGGAGGAUCGCCAGCAGUACGAGGAAGUUGUGGGCAAUGCCGACAUUACACAUCAGCUUUAUGAGGUGACCGAGGAGGUGCAUUGAUAUGAAUUGUGAAGCUGAAAGCAUUUGUUAAUCUUGUUCGCAAUGUAAUAAAAAGACGUAUGAAUUUUGAAAUUCUUAAA